AUGCAUGCCCAAGUUUCGGGCAACAACAAUGCGGUUUCUGCGGAGGUGAAAGAAUCAUGCUCAGUUCAACUCAGGUCACCCAUUGAUCCACUGAUUUCGAUAGAAGCGAUGGUGUUAGUUUUACCCAGACUUACUGGAAAUUUGCCAACGUGCCACAUCAGUGCACUCACGCAGCAAGCUUUUUCAGACCUUGUCUUGGCGGAUAAAAGGUUCUUCAUAAACGAGCAAGUCGAUCUUGUUCUAGGUGGUGACAUCUAUCCCCAAAUAAUUUUAGGCGGUAUUCGAAAGAAUGUUCUAAGUACGCUAUUAGCUCAAGAGAUAGUAUUCGGUUGGCCACUGACGGGUCGGGCAGACUCAGACAAUCCAACUACUAAUCGCGUAUCGUUCUUCAAUGAAGUGGCCCUGGAUAAACAACUCAGCCCUUUCUGGGAGUUAGAAGACAUCCCGAGAGACAGGAUAAUAACAGCGGAGGAAAAGCAAUGCGAGGAGCUCUACAAACGAACGACAAUGCGGAACCAAGAUAGAAGAUACAUCGUGUCUCUUCCAUUUAAAGACGAUUUCCCAUCUUAA